AUGGGAAUUUGGUUAAUCAAUGGAAUUCAGAUUCCUCAGAGAAAGCGGUCCGGCAGCGCCGAACCAAAGCAAGAAGAAAAUAGAGUCUCCAGUUCCUUGUUGGAGGUGGCGGAGGCUAUGAUAGAAAUGGCCAACGGUGACAACAGAGAGAGGAAGAAACCGAGGCGAGAGGAAAUGGAGUCAGGGCAGAGUUCGUCGGAGAUGCCGGCGGCGAUGAGGGAAUGGAUUGUGAGGAACGGGGGGUACGAAAUUCAGUUGGUGAUUGAAAAGAAACUUGAGGAGAGUGAUGUGAGCAGAAACCAUGGGAGAUUGUGUCUUCCGACGAUGAAGUUGAAAGGGGAAUUUGCGAGAGAAGACGAGAGAAGGAUUUUGGAUGAAGAAAAUGGUGGGAAGAAGAAGAAGAUGAUGAUGAAGAAGAAGAAUGGAUUGGAGGUUGGGAUUAUGGAUGUUGAUUUGAGAGAAAGUUCGAUGAGUUUGAAGAAAUGGAAGAUUGGGAGUGAUAGAUGUUAUUGUUUGGUGAAGAAUUGGAAUAGUUUUGUGGAAGAAAAUGGAUUGAAAAGUGGGGAUGACGUUCAAAUUUGGAGUUUUAGAAAAAUUUGUUCCGAUCGUCUCUGUUUCGCCAUUGUUAAACUGUCUCAUCAACGCCAUUGUUGA